GACGGCCCAGUAUAUAAAGAGGAUACCCCCUUUCGGCUGUACUCAGAGAGUCGCACUUUUACCAGCUCUGUGCAUCGUCCAAAACUCCGACAGAAUGCGCACCGUGCGUUCUCUCCUGUUGGUCUCGGUGCUGAGUGCGUCUGUAGCCGCCUACCCUAACGGCGCUCCCCGGGCCGCCUGUGACUCCAUGCACCCCGUCCACGGACACAAGCCUCGGGCGGGCACGGGCGGGUACCGGGUCUUCGCCGAGCCGGAUUUCACAGGGCCGCAGACCAAGUGGAAGAUCACGCUCAACGGGACGUCGGGGUUUCUGGGGUUCCUCCUCGAGGCCAGAUCGCCGGGUGAUGGGGAGAAGAUCGUCGGGAGGUGGUCUCGCCUACCGCCGAGGACAAAGGCGCUGGACUGCGAUGGCGUUCACGACAAUGCCGUUACGCACCACAACAGGGACAGGAAGAAGAUGAACGACGUUUCCCUGACGUGGACGGCGUCGUCGUGCAAGGAUGCUCCGGUCUACUUCAAGGCAACUGUUGUUAAACACUACAAGGAAAUCUACGAAGGCGUCACGUCUGACGUGUUGAACGACGUCUGCCUUCGCCCACCUAAAUGCAAGGAGUGUAGCGACUUUACCAGAGCAGGUCGGAGGAAGCUGUAUCGGCAGGAGAGGGCACGGUGCUGGGAUAACAUGCGCUCCAACAGACACGCUCAUCAGGGGAACGGCCGGUCGUGUCGGCAGAGCUGGGACGGAGUAGCCUGCUGGCCGGAGACUCCGGCGGGGAGAGUCGCCACCGUUCCCUGCCCGAGCUACCGUCCUGGAUUCACCCGGAAUGGGUUUGCCGUGAGACGUUGCAGUCCCUCCGGUCGCUGGUCUCUCCACGGGCGUACUAAGAAGAGACAGGGCGACUACACACAGUGUACCGGGCCGCGGGACAGGAACAACGUGUGAUGG